CAUUCACAUUCGCUGGUCUCGUCACACGAAGGUGUUCUGCUGUGCCGUGUCAGGCAACAGACACACUUUUUUAUGCAGAUUGUGCGAGCAGCGGGUGCACCGGAUGGGCAGAUUGAGAAAAUGUCAAGUGAGAGCCGAAAGUCUGGCUAUGUGGACGACUGGCAGGCAGGGAAGUCCGUCACAGAAUGUAAUCUGCGCAUGCUCGACACAGAAGACUUCAGUGACGUCACCUUCCGGGUAGGAUCAGAGAAGCAGAUGGUCCGAGCUCACCGCUACGUUCUUGUCAGUCGCAGCUGUGUCUUCCAUGCUAUGUUCUGUGGCCCUCUGGCGGAGACAGAGGAGGUGACAAUCCCGGAUAUUGAACCAGACGUCUUCAGGGAGUUCUUAAGGUAUGUGUACACAGACAAGGCAACCAUCAAAGCAGAUACAGUUGCCGGACUUUUGUACACAUCCAGGAAGUAUUUUAUAGAUUCGUUGUACAGUCUUUGUGUAACAUUCCUGGAGAAGUCCCUGUCAGAACACAGUGUCUGCCAGAUCCUGGAGCAGUGUCAUGGUUACGGGGAGCUGGGCUUGGAACAGAAGGCCCUGAAGAUCCUGACAGAAGGAGGGGAGAGAGUCAUCAAAUCUCAAGGAUUUGUGGAUCUUUGUUCAGACUGUCUCGAAAAGUGCCUAAAAUCAGAUAGUAUGAAAGCAAAAGAGGAGGAUAUUUUUGACGCAGUGUUUACUUGGACAAAGGCAAGAUGCCAGGAUGAAGCUGUGGUUGACACACCAGAGAACAGACGGAGACUCCUGGGAGAGAUGAGGUAUGAGAUCCGGUUUACCAGCAUGCCCCUGGAGUUCCUGGUGAACGUUGUUGGUCCUUCCGGAGUGCUGACCGAUGAUGAAAAAGUUCGAAUAAUGGACAGAAAAAUAAACUCAGCUGUUGAUAUUUCUCCAUUUAACCAUUCUCAGAGAAUAUUACACACGUCCCACAGAGAUUAUGUGUCUAAAACAUACAGAUAUGUAAACAGGUUUCGGUAUUAUUCAAAUUUGAUUAGUUCGAAUGCAGGUAGACACUCCAUCUCGUUUUCAUCAUCUCAGAGCAUUCUCCUAGAAGGGUGUCAGGUAUAUGGUGGACCCGAUGGUGAAGUGUAUACACUGAGUAUCAGGGUGUAUAACUCCAAUAACACGGCGAUUGCUGAGCCGUUUCUGAACACCAGGAUGAAACAUGGAGGCAGUUAUCAGUUGAAUGACGUCAUGUUCCCCGAGGGUGUUUCCCUUACAGCAGGGACAUCCUAUACUCUGUGUGUGGACAUGGAUGGGAGUCCCACUGCAAGUGGUCGGGAAGGACCAGAUACAGUAACAGAAGAUGGAGUAGUGUUCACCUUCACACACUCUUCAAUGUGUACGACAGGUACAUCAACAAAAAGUGGACAAAUACCUGGCUUGAUAUGGAACUUUUAUCAAAAUGCGGUAAAACGGAAAUGAAGAUAAAUUGCUAACAAUAGUGAAAAACAUGCACAGUAUUAUGAAAUCAGUGGAACAAGCAAGUAAUAUAUUGUCAGAUUACUUUCCAAAUAUUUCACAGGUGUCAGACAGGGAGGGCAUUUAUCAGUCCUGUUAUUUUAAAGCGACGUUUAACCCUACCUUACAUCUAUGGGCUGUCGAGGGGUUAAGAUUAAUAUUUCGGCUGUUUAUGAAUAUUUUAUUUUGGCUUCAGCUUCGAGUUCAUCCUUAUGCUGAUGACGGUGUUCUUUUCGACGAAACGCCCCAAAGAUUGCAAAAUACUAUUUGAGGAAAAUUUUCUUGAAAUUGUUGUACGUAUAGAUGUGCGUGAUUGCGUGCGUGCGUGCGUUCAUGCCUUUGAGUUGCAUUUAGAAGUGAUACACAUCAGGAAGAGAAUUUAUGGAUGUCACCUUCUUUAUUAUGAGGAACACAGCGUGUCGGGGUACAUACUUUCUCCUUUAUCAGGUGAAUGAAAGGUGAAGGAUUCUGACAUCCAUUAAUUCCCCUCCUUAUGUGCAAUAUUGUCUGUAACACCGUGUAUUAACAGUGUAAUAAAACACGACAAAGUUGAA